AUGGGCAUCAUUACGAAGCUGAAGCGUUCGGCAAGGUCGAAAGCAACCAAUCUAUCCCAGAAUGGUACGGUCUCAUGGCCAGGAACAAGGCUCCGGGCCCUAAAUCGUGCUAGUUCUUUCCCGGUUUCUUCAAGCGUCGAAAGAUCCUCCAAAAUCAUCGAACCCGCACCAGAAUGCAGGGAUGAUCCGUUGGUUUCCUCGCAGGAUUCCGUUUCGUCACACAAUGGCGAUCUUUGGGCUUGGGCAUAUGAGAUGGUUGCGCAGAGACAGCCCGCGCUCAUGGCAGACUAUCAGAAACACCUAGGAUCAAUGGGAGGCAAUGACUCAAUUGAUGUGGAUUUUACUGCGCCGCGGUCGGUAGAGUCGGUUGUGAAGAAUAUACAGGAUGAACAGAAGAAGAAACAGUGGCAAGUCGCGAUUCAAGGGAAGCAUAUGACGAUACGAGAACCAACUGAAAAGUUGAUCAAGUUUGUCAUCUGGGUUGCUCCUAAAAUCCAAAGCGCUGUCAGCGGUUUUCCAUAUGCUGCACUAGCGUGGGGUGGUGUCUGCUUGGUUCUCCCACUCCUUUCUAGUGGUAUAAAAAACAACGAAGCGAUGCUGAAAGGAUUCAAUCUAAUUGGCGAUAUCCAAAUAUACUGGGAUAUCUGUGAGAAGAGACUCCUCGAAUCCAAGCACCAAGAGGAGUACAAGGCCCUCAGAGAACCCCUGGCGAAGCUCUACUCUCAAAUUAUCGAAUACCAGGCGCGGGCUAUAUGCCAUCUUUCCAAGGCUCAACUCUCUCGCGCAUGGGAGAAUGUCGCUGGUGCUCAUGACUGGGAGGAAAUGACAACAAAUAUUGGAAAUGCGAGCAAUGUUUGUAUUACCAAUAUUGAUCCUCUCGAGGCAGAAGAAAUUCGUAAGAACCGAGACAGUACCCUACAAGAAAUUCGAGAGUCGCGGGCCAUUCUUGAAGAAAUUCGAGAAGUGUUGGAAGUGGGACAAAAUGCCAAUUCAAAGAUAUAUGAAGAUCAGCAACAGGCAGCCCUUUUGCAUGAUCUUGCUUCUCAAUAUGAGGAUGACAAGAAGGUUAUUCCACUCCGUGUUCAGGACACAUGCGAGUGGUUUUUCAAAGACCAAAGCUUUCGCAAUUGGCGCGACAACGAUACUUCCUGUCUUUUGAGAAUAACUGCCGGUCCAGGUUGUGGGAAAUCAGUCUUGUCACGCACGUUGAUCGACGAGAACCGAUUGUCAAUUACCCCUGCCACGUCAACCGUUUGUUACUUCUUCUUCAAUGAUGGAGACGAGAACCGCAUGCAUGCUACAAACGCUUUGAGUGCAAUUCUCCAUCAACUCUUCAUACAAGAUCCCACUGGGACUUUGAUCAAAGCUGCAGUCGAUAGCCAUAAACGAUUUGGUGCGUCACUGAAACAGAACUUCUCUGAGCUAUGGCGACUUCUCAAUCGAUGUUCUAGCCUGCCAGAGGCUGGAGAGGUUGUUUGUGUUCUUGAUGCAUUGGACGAGUGCAAUGAGAGUAGUGCACGACAAUUGAUCGAGGCUUUGAGAGGGUACUACUCUCUCCCCAAGUCGCAUUCAACUUCGAAGCUCAAGUUUCUGAUCACAAGUCGCCCAUAUGCUCAUUUGGAGGUCUCUUUCAAAAAGUCGCCUGAGUCAGUAGCAUAUCUUCGCUUUGACGGGGAUGAGAAAUCAGUGGAGAUUGCCAAGGAUAUCGACCGAGUUAUUGAUUACAGGUUAAAUGAUAUUGCGGGUGCAUUCAAUGCUCAGGAUCGUGAAAGAAUUUCGAAGCGACUGAAAGGCAUGGAAAAUCGUACAUAUCUUUGGCUGCAUCUCACAUUCCAUAUCAUUGAGGAAAAUCCGAGUCAAUUUGGCCGCCGGGCUGAUGUCGAAGCCCUUCUGGAGGAUUUGCCCGAGCAGGUUUCGGCGGCAUAUGAGAAGAUCUUGGCCCGAAGCAAGAGUCCGGUGCGUACCGAGGCCCUUUUGCGAAUUCUUCUGGCUGCAAUGGAACCUCUGACUUUGGAUGAAGCCAACAUGGCUUUGACUACAGAACUGGCGAGGCAAGAUUCUCAGCCAGUCUUGGUGUCGGAUAUGUGGGAGCCGGAUGUUUUCAAGGACAUUGUGAAGGACUUGUGCGGACUGCUUGUGAAUAUUCACGGAUCGAAGCUGUUCUUCAUGCACCAGACAGCUCGGGAAUUUCUCGCACAUCGAGAGCGAUACGGCGAAUGGAAAGGUCGGCUGGAUAUGCUCGGGUCUCACCGCCGGAUGUUGCUGAUCUGUCUGGGCUCUUUAUCAUGUCUUGAUAAGAAGGUUCUUGGAGAGAUACUCACACAUGCCGAGUUUUUCUGGGGUGAGCUUAUGGGUUACGGUGCUUUUAGUGCCCACAAUUCUCAAAUCCUCCAAAACUUCAAGGCAGACUUCCCCCUAGCCUUGUACUCUACUCGAUAUUGGAUCGACCAUGCAAGACUUAUCGAAACUGAAGCCCUUGAAGAGAUUGUGUCUUUUGUGGAGAAUAAUCAGGCAUAUGAAGCCUGGGAUGGGCUUUACUCCAUGAUAACCGGUGGACGUCUCGGGUACAAGAGGUUCAAGCGUCAGACAACUCCUCCUUUAUUACAUGCAUCCUCCGCAAAUCUUCCUUGUUUGACAAAACAACUGCUGGAGAAUGGGGCAAAAAUUGAUGCCGAGGGGUAUCAGAACCCGACUGCUCUCUUUGCUGCAGCUGAAAAGGGCCACAAAGAGAUUGUGGAGCUCUUAUUGAAGAACAAUGCUCAUGUCAACGCUCGAAGUCGCCCUGACGCCCCUCCUGCUUUCAACGGUGUCUCUCUAUUCUCCAACAGUGCCUGUGCUAACUCUCCAAAAUCUCAACCAAGCGGUCAAACUGCUCUUUAUAUUGCUUCUUCGCAAGGCCAGGAAGAUAUUGUACAGCUACUGCUGGAGAAUGGCGCUGACACCACAUUGUGCAAUGCUGGGACGGAGUAUCCAAUUCAUGGUGCUUCCCAGGGCCGACAUAUUGGCGUCGUGAAGCUUUUACUGAAGAAUGGAGCAGAUGCGAGUCCUGGAGGUGGCUUCAUGGGGGAGGAGACACCUCUGUUCAUUGCUUCAGAAGCAGGCUACAAGGAUCUUGCUGAAGUAUUGAUAGAGGGUGGGGCCAAUGUCAACAAGAUGUCAGGAACCUUUGGUGGUGGGAAGACAGCACUCAUGAUCGCUUGCAGGAAAAACCAUUUCGAUGUGGUGGAAUUAUUGCUGAACAAGGGGGCAGAUGUCAAUAUGCAAGGAGCGGAUUUUGCUCUCCACACUGCUUGUGAAAAGAAUAAUUUCGAGAUGGUGCAGCUGUUAGUCAGAUAUGGGGCAGAUGUGAACAUCAAGCGAGAAUAUGGCAACUCUCUUGCUUACGCUCACAGUCUGGAGAUUGUACAAUUUCUGAUUGAUAAUGGGGCAGAUGUCAACGCAAAAGGUGAAACCAGCAAUGCGCUGGUGAAGGCUUCUGAAAAAGACCAUUUAGAUAUUGUGCGAGUAUUGAUCAAGAAUGGGGCGAACGUUGAUGCUAAAGGAAGGAAUAACGAGCAUGGAAAUGCUCUGUUCACAGCUUGUUUCAAGGGCAAUUAUGAGGUUGUCGAGUUGCUGCUUGAGAGCGGAGCAGAUGCUAAUUCGGAGGAGCCGCCUCUCAAUGCCCUUCAAGCAGCUCGCAAGGCAGAAUGGGAUGACAUUACUGCGUUGCUUUUGCAACAUGGGGCUCAAAGACGAUCGAAAUAG